AGAUGUUGUGAAUGAGGCUGUGCUUAUGUCAUGUGGAGCGACAAUCAUCGUCCGCCUGUCAAAGAACAAUAUGGCAGUGGUAAAGCAAUAAUUUUUGUAAAAUUUUUGGCAAGUUUUCUUUGUGAAUAUUGGUGAUAUUAGUGCGCGUGAAUUUUUUUGACUAGUGGUUGUUUGAUGGUGAUGAGUGGGAUGCUCCCGUCGUUCACGCCGCCCGUCGUCAAACGAUUAUUGGGAUGGAAAAAAGGCACUGACGCCGAUGACAGAUGGUGUGAGAAGGCCGUGAAGAGUUUAGUAAAGAAAUUGAAAAAAUCGGGCGCUUUGGAGGAACUAGAAAGAGCGAUUUCGUCACAGAAUCAUAAUACGAAAUGCGUCACAAUUCCUAGAGUUCGGCCGGCUGCUGAAUUAGGCAACGUCCAGCAACAGAGAAAAGGUUUGCCCCACGUUAUUUAUUGCCGGCUAUGGAGAUGGCCUGAGCUACAGUCGCACCAUGAACUUAGACCUCUCGAAAAUUGCGAAUAUGCGUACAAUUUAAAAAAGGAGGAAGUCUGCGUCAAUCCAUACCACUAUACUAGAAUUGAAAGUCCAGCCCUCCCAGCCAUUUUAGUUCCCCGCCAUCCACUAAGUGACGAAAACAACUUGUUUCCGCAUUCACUGGAAGACCUCAGUACGUCAGUGCCCGAAAACACUUCAUUUCCGCAUAAUCCAAAUAGUCUAGGUUUGCAUAUGCAGCAUUCUGGGGGUUACAUGGAUGCGGUUGGUAUAUGUCCGAAUGGCGCCCCUGCGAAUAUGGAAUCUCCUCACAACGCCGCUCCACCUACUGAAACUCCUCCUCCUGGUUAUAUGUCCGAAGAUGGCGAUCCCAUCGAUCCUAACGAUAACAUGAGCAUGUCCAGGAUAACUCCUAGUCCUCCGGUGGAUGCACAACCUGUACUUUACUGUGAACCCGCUUUUUGGUGUAGUAUCAGCUAUUAUGAGUUGAACACACGAGUGGGAGAAACGUUCCAUGCUAGCCAACCGUCGAUUACGGUGGAUGGGUUCACAGAUCCGAGCAAUUCGGAAAGAUUUUGUUUGGGGCUGUUAUCUAACGUAAAUCGGAACACCGUCGUGGAGCAGACCCGACGGCAUAUAGGAAAGGGUGUAAGACUUUAUUAUAUAGGUGGUGAAGUUUUUGCUGAAUGUUUGAGCGACUCGAGCAUUUUUGUGCAGUCACCAAAUUGUAAUCAGCGGUAUGGAUGGCAUCCCGCUACAGUAUGUAAAAUUCCUCCAGGAUGCAAUUUAAAAAUUUUCAACAACCAAGAAUUCGCAGCCCUUUUAUCACAAUCUGUAAGCCAAGGCUUUGAAGCUGUUUAUCAAUUGACGAGGAUGUGCACGAUAAGAAUGUCUUUUGUUAAGGGUUGGGGGGCGGAGUAUAGGAGACAAACUGUGACUUCAACGCCGUGUUGGAUUGAACUUCACUUGAAUGGACCUCUCCAGUGGUUAGAUCGCGUCCUAACUCAAAUGGGCUCACCUCGGUUACCAUGCAGCUCAAUGUCGUAAAGUACUGAGUGAAAUGAGUGUCAAGUUCGGUCCAGUUUUCAGUCAUAACUCAGCUAGUAUUUUCAUUGGGAAAAAUUGUUGCAAAUCAAAUUACGUUUUGGGUGAUAUAAAAAAAGUGUGGCGAUUUUUUUUACGUAUAGUUACUAUUUAGCUUUACAAAAAGUUUUAUUUUAAAUUUAGAGAGAUUUAUUUUAUAUUGCUGAGUUUUAAACUGUUGGUGUUGUUGGUGUUGCAAAUAUAUUACACUUUACAGGUGACAAUUUCAUCUUUGGCGUAGCAAUGGAAAAAAUUUAUGUAUUAUAUAAGACUGAUUUGAUAAUUGUGAAUGCUAGAGUAAUUGUUUUAAUCCCAUCCAGUUAACAUUACGUAAAGUACUGUUUAUAUUUUAUCUAAUUGUAUUUACUUUGUUUAUCAGUUCAUUGUGUGCGCUAAACUUGAAGUUGGUCCAGAAAUUUAUUUCUAAGAUUAGAAAAGUCUGUUAAUCAAAAAACUUACCCAGAAUUAUUUGGUGCAAAUGAGGACAUACGAGGCGGGCCUUGUAUGAGCAGUCAGAUACAAUAAGUGUUGCCAUGCAGAUAAUGCAUUCAAGUAAAAAUCGGCUAGUCACGAUUUUAAGAACAAUACACUUUGUUGAGGCAUUUUUUGUAUUUGAUUCUACCCUGAUUCAGUUGUUUUAACAUGUUGUAGUCCUUGAAAUAAUUGAACUUUAAGAACAAAGUAUAUAGAUCACUAUAUUUUUCAAGGAACAAAAUUGGUGCUGCUGAAAUUUUUGCAAUUUUUUAUGUUGUACAUUUGCAGCAGUAACAACAGUUGUUUUUAAGCUGUAUUGAUGGAGUUGUUUUUGUGAAUUUAUGUCGCAUACCGUGAUGUUUAGGUUUUACUUUGUAGUGUUUGUUACAAGUUUUUUAGCUGAUCCAUCUUGUGAGUCACAAUUGAUGUUAUAAGCUCAUAUUUGUACUAUAUUACUUUGUUUAUUGCAUAAGUAUAGUUUGUAUCUGGCAAUUACCAAAUUAUUAUAUGCAUUUUACUUGACAAAAAAAUAUAUAGCCGUUAAUUUACUAA